AUGGCUUCACUCUACACGCCGCGACACAGUGAAGAGGUACCUCGUCGACCCGCCUCAACCGAAGACAAACCCGAGAGCCGAGGAGCCGCGAAUGAUAGGACCCGAGUACAAGUAGAUAGCGAUUCCGAUAUGGAGGACGAGGAGUAUUCACCCGACGAUCCCGAGAUCUCAGAUCCAGCCCUAGCAGCCUAUUUAGAAAGAGUGGUCUCCGAAAGGUUCGGCACCAUUCAAUCUAUGGUAGAAAGGCUCCCAGGGGCAGCUCCUCCUAUUCGAAGAAGCAAUCAGGGGUCCUACUCCGAUACACCUUUCGUGGAAGAGAUUGCUUCAGUGGAGAUGCCGCAAAAGUGCUCUUUCCCAAGCAUAAAGAUGUACGAAGGUAUUGGGGAUCCCGACAAUCACAUUGCUCAGUACAAGCAACGCAUGCUAGCAGUAGCAAUCCCUCGGGAUGCACGGAAAGCUACCAUCGAUAAGUUCGUGGAACAGUUCGCUAGCAGCCGUGAUCUAGAGAAGAAUUUGGAUGAUCUCUACGAGAUCCUCCAGCAUAGGAAUGAGCCCCUUCGUUCUUACAUAGCUCGCUUCAACCAGGCAAAUGUGGCUACUCAUGAGUGCAACGCUGAUAUGGCCAUCUCAGCCUUCAAGAGGGGUCUACUUCCAGAGGGAGACCUUUACAAGGAGCUGACCAAAUAUAAGUGCACGAUUAUGGAAGACGUGCUCUCCCGUGAUUGGGCUCAAGUAAGAUGGGAAGAAGAUGUUGCUAGUAGGGCUAAAGCCGGUCCGAAGUAUGAUCAGAAGCCAUCAAAACCUGCAAGGAGUGACCGCGACAAGUCUUCUUACUCUAAGUCCGCAAGGGAGACUAGCAACCCGAAUAGGGGCAUGUAUCAGCAUCGACCUUUGCCUAGAUCCGAAGGGAUGAUGGUGUCUACUUGGCCUGAUAUCUCCCAUCUCGCGAUAACCAAACCGGAGCAGAUCGGUUUCUUACGACAAAUGGGUCCUCAAGUUAAGUGGCCUCCUAAGAUGAAGGCCGCGGAGGCUAAUCGAAAUCCCAAGCGAUGGUGCGAGUUCCAUAGUAAUCAUGGCCAUACUACGGAGGAUUGCAUAGCCCUAAAGAUGGAAGUCGCUGAGCUCCUCAAGAAAGGUUCCAGUCUCCCUAUCGAGGCAGCUCCUGCAUUGCCACCACAGCAAGACCGGGUGAUCCACGUCAUCACCGGCGGAUCAGAGCGGAUACUGGUAGAUAAUGGAAGCUCCAGCAACAUAAUCUUCUAUUCGGCCUUCGCCGAUCUAGGUUUGGAACCUGCAGCUCUAACCAGAAAGGCAACUCCCCUCGUAGGUUUCAGUGGAGAAGUCAAACAAACCUUGGGAGAGGUCCUUCUUCCUGUGUAUGCCGAAGGGGUAAACGAGGCCACGAAGUUCCUGGUCGUCGACUGCCCCUCAUCAUACAACGUGAUAUUGGGAAGGCCUUGGAUCCAUGACAUGGGAGCCGUACCUUCAACUUUGCACCAGCUGGUCAAGUUCCCAACCCCUUGGGGCAUCAGAGCGGUCAAACUACCCUUAAGGGAAGACUAUCCUUAG